AUGUCUGUCCGUCCUAUACAUAUUGCUGUCCUUGACACCGACAUUCCUUGCUACCCUGUCUAUGCCAAACGAGGAUUGUACAGCUCACAAUUCAAAUCUCUUCUCACUGCCGCCGCAAAUCGCAUCAAUGCAAGCGAAUACCACCAGCACAGAAGGUCUCUAAGUGUUCAAAUCACUGCAUUCGACGUUGUCGGCGGGUCAUUCCCACAUCUCGAGUCCUUACGAGUCAGCCCUUGGUCGCCGACGGAAAAUGGACCCCCUGGCUUUCCAGGUCCUGUCGAUGCGAUUCUGGUCACUGGAGCUGCUGCAGCAGUAUAUGACAAGUUGCACUGGAUUUCAGGCUUGCAAUCUUUUAUUGAGAGGGUGUAUGCCGACUAUCCUAUGGUCAAAAUUUUCGGAUCUUGCUUUGGACAUCAACUUAUAGCUCAAGCCCUCCUCGCAAGUGACAAAAGCUACACGUCCCAGGGCUCUUCAUUUAAGAUGUCAGUCGAACCUUCAUCUGAUGGCCACGAAAUUGGCAUGCAUCCGAUCAUCUUGAACCCGGCUUUCGUCUCCAACUUCCCACCUCUAGCUCGGUUUACUCCAGAACAGCCAUUUCAUAUUCAGAUCAUCCACGGCGAUGCCGUGGUAUCUUCACCAGAAGACACAUUAGUUCCCAGGGAAAAGGGGACGAUGUUGCCUGAACCGUGGCUCAAUAUCGGAAGCAGCCUUAAAUGUCCGAUUCAGGGCCUCUACAAGCCCGGCCACGUUCUCACAUUACAAGGACAUUUUGAAUUCGAUGCAUUUGCGACUGCUGAGCUCUGUCAUCAAUUUGCCAAUCAAUUUCACUGGCCUGCAGAUUUGCUUGCCUCGCAUCUAGGAAACAUCAGGCGCUCUGUGGUGCUUGGCAAAGAGGACGAUGACGACUCCAAGAUAGCGGCGGAGGCGGUCCUUUUGUUUUUCGCGGGGGAAGACUGA